GCAGGGACCAGACUCUGCUGGACCUGGACCUGGACCUGGACCUGGACCCAGCUGUGUGUCCAUCAAGAGUGACAAGUCUAUGGGCAGAUCUAUUGACUUCAAAGGGGGACACCACUCUGCUGAUCAAAGCUUUCAGAGUCCCGACUCUUCUGUACCCAGCUGUGUGUCGCUCAAGAGUAAUUGGUCUAUGGAGAGACAACCUGGCUUUACAAGUGGACAACACACUACUGAACUUCUUGAGAUCCAGCAGCAAAGACAAGCCUGUCCUGUGCCCACAUGUAUGUCCAUAAAGAGUGACAGCUCUAUGGAUCAACCUCUUUACUUUUCCAAGCAAAUUGUUCAGUCUGCCCAGCAGCAUCAAACAGACCAGGACUCCAUAUUUAUGCUGCUUGAGGACAAUAUUGUCAGUUUUGUGAAAAAUGAACUGAAGAGAUUUCAGAGGGUUCUAAGUCCAGAUUACCCAGAAUGCUUAGUAAGUCAGAGGGAGGAUGAGGAGAAGUUGGACGGUGAGGAGGAGGAGCAGAGGAGGAGCAGCAGAGAGGCAUUUCUGAACAUCACACUGCACUUCCUGAGGAGAAUGAAGCAGGAGGAGCUGGCUGAGCGUCUGCAGAGCAGAACUGUUGCUGCAGUGUGCCGACGUAAACUCAAGUCUAACCUGAAGAAGAAGUUCCAGUGUGUGUUUGAGGGGAUUGCUAAAGCAGGAAACCCAACCCUUCUGAACCAGAUCUACACAGAGCUCUACAUCACAGAGGGAGGGACUGCAGAGGUCAAUGAUGAACAUGAGGUCAGACAGAUUGAAACAGCAUCCAGGAAACCAGACAGACCAGAAACAACCAUCAGACAAGAAGACAUCUUUAAAGCCUCACCUGGAAGAGAUGAACCAAUCAGAACAGUGAUGACAAAGGGAGUGGCUGGCAUUGGGAAAACAGUCUUAACACAGAAGUUCACUCUGGACUGGGCUGAAGACAAAGCCAACCAGGGCAUACAGUUCACAUUUCCAUUCACUUUCAGAGAGCUGAAUGUGCUGAAAGAGAAAAAGUACAGCUUGGUGGAACUUGUUCAUCACUUCUUUACUGAAACCAAAGAAGCAGGAAUGUGCAGCUUUGAAGAGUUCCAGGUUGUGUUCAUCUUUGACGGUCUGGAUGAGUGUCGACUUCCUCUGGACUUCCACAACAAUGAGGUCCUGACUGAUGUUACAGAGUCCACCUCAGUGGAUGUGCUGCUGACAAACCUCAUCAGGGGGAACCUGCUUCCCUCUGCUCGCCUCUGGAUAACCACACGACCUGCAGCAGCCAAUCAGAUCCCUCCUGAGUGUGUUGACAUGGUGACAGAGGUCAGAGGGUUCACUGACCCACAGAAGGAGGAGUACUUCAGGAAGAGGUUCAGAGAUGAGGAGCAGGCCAGCAGAAUCAUCUCCCACAUCAAGACAUCACAAAGCCUCCACAUCAUGUGCCACAUCCCAGUCUUCUGCUGGAUCACUGCUACAGUUCUGGAGGAGGUGUUGAAGACCAGAGAGGGAGGAGAGCUGCCCAAGACCCUGACUGAGAUGUACAUCCACUUCCUGGUGGUUCAGUCCAAACUGAAAAAUGUCAAGUAUGAUGGAGGAGCUGAGACAGAUCCGCACUGGAGUCCAAAGAGCAGGAAGAUGAUUGAGUCUCUGGGAAAACUGGCUUUUGAGCAGCUGCAGAAAGGCAACCUGAUCUUCUAUGAAACAGACCUGACAGAGUGUGGCAUCGAUAUCAGAGCAGCCUCAGUGUACUCAGGAGUGUUCACACAGAUCUUUAAAGAGGAGAGUGGACUGUACCAGGACAAGGUGUUCUGCUUCGUCCAUCUGAGUGUUCAGGAGUUUCUGGCUGCUCUUCAUGUCCAUCUGACCUUCAUCAACUCUGGUGUCAAUCUGCUGGCAGAAGAACAAAUAACCUCCCAGCAGUCUAAAGUCUUCAGAGACAAACCUAAACUUAAACUUCUCCACCAGAGUGCUGUGGACGAGGCCUUACAGAGUCCAAAUGGACACCUGGACUUGUUCCUCCGCUUCCUCCUGGGUCUCUCACUGCAGACCAAUCAGACUCUCCUGCGAGGUGUGCUGACACAGACAGGAAGUAGCUCAAAGACCUACCAGAAAACAGUUGAGUACAUCAAGAAGAAGAUCAGUGAGAAUCUGUCUCCAGAGAGAAGCAUCAAUCUGUUCCACUGUCUGAAUGAACUGAAUGAUCGUUCUCUAGUGGAGGAGAUCCAACAGUCCCUGAGUUCAGGAAGUCUCUCCACAGAUGAACUCUCUCCUGCUCAGUGGUCAGCUCUGGUCUACAUCUUACUGUCAUCAGAAAAAGAUCUGGACGUGUUUGACCUGAAGAAAUACUCUGCUUCAGAGGAGGCUCUUCUGAGGCUGCUGCCAGUGGUCAAAGCCUCCAAGAAAUCUGUGCUGAGUUUCUGUAACCUCUCAGAGAGAAGCUUUGAAGCUCUUUCUUCAAUUCUCAGCUCCCAGUCCUCUAGUCUGAGAGAGCUGGACCUGAGUAACAACGACCUGCAGGAUUCAGGACUGAAGUUGCUCUGUGUUGGACUGGAGAGUCCACACUGUAAACUAGAAACUCUCAGGCUGUCAGGUUGUAGGGUCAGUGAGGAAGGCUGUACUUCUCUGGCUUCAGCUCUGAGCUCCAACCCCUCCCAUCUGAGAGAGCUGGACCUGAGCUACAAUCAUCCAGGAGACUCAGGAGUGAAGCUGCUGUCUGAUGGACUGGAGGAUCCACACUGGAGACUGGACACUCUCAGGGUGGAUUAUUGUGGUGAAAAGAUGCUGGAACCUACCGUGAGGAGGUAUUUCUGUAAACUCACACUGGACACAAACACAGCACACAGAAACCUCAAACUGUCUGACAACAACAGGAAGGUGACGCUGGUGAGAGAGAAGCAGCCAUAUCCUGAUCAUCCAGAGAGAUUCGACUACUGCUGGCAGCUGCUGUGUAGAAAUGGUCUGACUGAUAGCUGUUACUGGGAGGUUGAAUGGGAUGGAGAGGUUGUUAUUGCAGUGACUUACAGACGAAUUGGUAGAAGAGGAAAGGACGGUGAUUGCAGGCUUGGAUGGAAUGAUCAGUCCUGGAGUCUGUACUGCUCAAAGAAACAUUACUCUGUUUGUCACAAUAAAACAGUGACACCCAUCUCCCACCUGCCCUCCUCCUCCUCCUCCUCCUCCAACUAUUGCUCUAAGAAAGUAGCAGUGUUUGUGGACUAUCCUGCUGGCGCUCUGUCCUUCUACAGAGUCUCCUCUGACACACUGAUCCACCUCCACACCUUCAACACCACAUUCACUGAACCUCUUUAUCCUGGCUUUGGUUUUGGUUUUGGUUUUGGAUUUAAGGCCAGUAUCUCUGUGUGAGCUGUAGGAAGAAUUCUCCUGGAUGAAGAAAUACACAGCUGUUAAUUGUAUUAAUUGGCAAUUGAUUUCGAAUUGAUUUAUAAUGACACAUUUUAUUUGUUUCUGACUUUGUUUUCACAUAUACACAGCAAAACUAGUUUUUCAUGUUUGUAGUUACUUAGAGUGGGAGAGAGUCAGUCUGUGAUCAUCUUCACUGGGUUUUAAUACAGCCAAGUUUACUUUGUAGUUGUUUUCAUUUACAUAUUUCUCUGUUUCUGUUGUCAGACUACAGAACAAGUGUGAUAAAAAAAAAGAGAUUAAACAAAAGGUUGUUGUAUUUAAUCCAGCCACAGACCUUCUGGUAUCAUCUAGGUCCAAGCUUAAAGUAAAGCUUCUACAACACAAACAACUUUGUUAUAUAUGUUAUAUAACAGACGCUCUGUUUCUGAAAUGUUUUCAUUUGCAUUGAAACCACAACAGAUGCAUCAAGAAACUGUCAUCACUCUUAUGUUUGUCUUUCCACUUUCUUUUUGACCAUCUUCUGUGUUGAUUCAACAUGAGACUGUAUAAAAUUUUCAUGGUGUUUUUUUGUAUUUUAUUCUGUUCUGGUCUAUUCUCGGGUGGUGUUGUACAUUGCUUUAGCACAAUGUCUUUUUUAAACCAAUUAGGGUUAAAUUCUGUAUUUAAUGUCAUCUUGUGUUUUUAUCUUGCUUCAUAUUGUAGGAAAAGUAGAAACAACUAAAUAAAGAAAUUAAGCUUUCUGAAGCAGCUGUACCAAA